AUGUUAUCGAACGCACCCAUCAUCCCGUCGUCGGCCUUCUCGGUCAUUGCUCUCCUCCCUGAUUCGAUGUCGAUGGGGUCGCAGACGGGACCCACUCCGCCGCCGCUUGUCCACCGAGAUUCGGCGCCGAAGAUUCACACGCGCAGUGAUUGGAACAAUGAGGAAACUGAUAACCUGUCGCUUCACAGCCGCCGCCUGAGUCUUGCUCCUGGAUUGGGUUCUGGUUUCAACACAGCUUCGAAGCCCUCACCUCUGGCUACCAGUCCAGAGAUACCUUCGUCCUCUCGCCUUGCACCGCCCAACGCCGACUCGCCGUCUUCGAUGCACUCAAGAACACGCAGCUCCGGCAACAGGAAGACUUCUCUCGGGAGCCCUCUCGGCUCCGAAGCUCUGAGGCAACCGCGCGGCAGUAUGCAAAUUGGCUCAGCGGCGCGUUCGUCGGCCAUGGCAGGCCGCAGCCGGCCUGGAGCGGCCGGGGAUGACCUCGUUGGCGCUUUACGGCAGUAUGGUUUGGAAGUCCCUGGCGAUCUCGAAACACAGGGACAGGUGUCGGGCAAAGGGCCCGCCGGGGAAGCGCAGCAAGCGUCUUCCGCGUUUGCUGUUUCGCAAGGCGGUGCUGAAGUCGGCUAUCGUGGGGCUGUCGCCCUGCUUUGCAUUGACGAGGAGGCGUUAGGGACAGCAGACUCGACGAUCUCUCCUCGGCGUGUCAUGAACAAAGCCACCGGCGACCACAGACCUCUGACUGCUGUUCACCAGGCUUCUCAUCUCCCGAGCUUGUUGUCCUCGCCAACAACAUCAGCGUCAUCGACGUCACCUCAGCAGGUCAUUCUUGUCCCUCUUGAGGAGCCUCCAGUCCUGCCUUCGCUCUCCAUCUUAACUUCCAAGGGCACCACUCCCAGUGCUGUCUGUUUUCAGAAUGAUAUAAUCCAGGCAGCUCGCCGCGUGGAGGAUCAGUGGAUCAAUAAUGCGACCGCUAGCAUCGAGCGCAUCAUGCAGCUCUGCAACGGGGCGGACCGGUACGCCGAAGAGAACGAAGGACAGAAGCCACCAGUCCUCCUCGUCUACGUGCCAGGAUCUGGUCUGUCGAACAACGCGCUUUCGGCGUGUGUCGCUGCUGGCGCAUCGGGGUUCCUCUACCCGCCAUUCGACAGUCACACAGCCGACUACAUUGUGCAGCUAGUAGCUGCCGCCAAUGCUGGAAAGACGGCGAGCAUGGUCGGCCUACCCAACGACGUCGCCUCACCUCAGUCCUCCAUCACGUCCCUGUCGCUCCACUCCGGCUUCGACGACGAGGCCAAGGUCGUGCUGACGCCCACGGCGCUUGGUAAGGGUGCCGAGCACGAGAGUGAACGCGCGCUGAACGCAUCGCUUCACCCCGCUCGGCGUAGGGUGAGCACGCAGCUGAAUCUCAGCCGUGUGAUCUCCCAGGGCUCUACUGCCAGCGUUGAAAGCGAGCAACGUUUCGAGCGCAGCGAGAUCGCGAAUCUCUCGCCAAACAUUGGUCGUCGCAGCUCGCUGGCAAAAGUUACAGUCAGCAACGUGGGCCAGCUGCCAUCCAAGUACCAGCUGCUGGAGUCGAUGAUCGCCAACAGCGACGACUCUCGGCGGAGAAGCGUUGACAACGGAGGUCUUGCGCUCGCCUUUGACCGCGUCACACAGCGCGCCAUGCCUGCCCCUCAAGGUUUCGGACAGACUUUCAGUGUGAUCGCGCGGGAACAAGAGCAGGAGGCGACCGAAGGGAGCAACAAAACGCAGUUCGCCGAGGUGUUGGGCGAGACUUUCCACCACAUCCUGUCUUGGAUACAGAUUCAGAUGGAAGACUACGAGGCCAUGUCAGCGCCUAUCUCCCGAGAUGACCGCGUGCGCCUCGUUUCCGCUCUCAAUUCUUGGGAUUUCAGACCUCAUCUCUUGUCGCAGGCUGACCUCUAUCGUGUCGCUUGCCUCGUGUUCGAGGCGGCGUUGCAUGUCGAGGGAAUUGCGGAUCUCGGCAUCACACAGGAUCAAAUGAAUCGAUUCCUCUUCGCCGUGCGAGCCAUUUACCACAAACCGAACCCCUACCACAACUACAUCCACGCCAUCGACGUCCUCCAGGCGACCUACAUGUUCCUCAUGUCCAUCGGAGUCGUCCCGCCAUUCUCUUUCUUCCUUGAUCUUGUUCCUGGCCAAACUAUCUGGAAGCGACCCACUGAGGAUGCCCAGCCGGCGGGCGGCGCGGGCACUCAGCGAGCUCGCGACAUUUUACGUCCCCAAGAUGUGUUCGCGAUUCUCAUGGCCGCCAUCGGCCACGACGUUGGCCACCCGGGCCUCAGCAACGCCUUCAUGAAGAACGCCAAGGUGCCACUCUCCCUUGUCUACGAUGACAAGUCGGUUCUCGAAAACAUGCACACUGUGCUCGUGGUCAAGCUUCUGAACAAGCACGGCUUCGGCUUCCUCCUCGGCACUCCAUCUGAACAGGAGGUCGCGCAAUUCCCGGCGCGCGGCGAGAUCGACUGGCGCGGUUUCCGAAGGGUUUUGUAUUCUGCCAUUCUUGCCACCGACAUGUCUCUGCACUUCGCCUGGAUCCAGCGUCUGCAGGAGUUCGGCUCCGCCAUGCAGCAGGGCAAGAUCACGGACCGUGAGGAGCUUCGCGAUGAGGACCGCGUUAUGGUCUCGCAGGCCCUCAUCAAGUGUGCAGACAUCAGCAACCCGACGCGGCCGAUCGAUGUGUCCGAGCACUGGUCGACGGUGCUGCUGGACGAGUGGACGAAGCAGGCUUUCUUGGAGGAGGAGCUUGACCUGCCGGUCUCGGUCGUGGCCGGCGUUGAUGCACGACUUCAGGCCAAGGGUCAGGUUGGCUUCAUCAACCUAUUCACGGAGCCGUUGUUCAAGGCAGCAGCUGAGGCGUUGCCUGAGCUGACGCAGUUUGCCGACUCGUGCAUCGAGAACAAGAACAUCUGGAUGACGCGCCUCGAGCACCUCGAGGCUGACUCGGACGAAAACGCCAAGCUCACGGCUCUUCUGCAGGAGCUUGUGAGCACACCGACCGCCUCUUCCCAGGACGAGCGGUUCAACACUUUGCUUCCUGCCAUUCUGCCGCCCGGUCUCGUCCACCAUGAUGAGUCCCCGACCGAAGAGACAGCCGACGCGCAGCAGUUGGCAGGCGUUAGGAGCGUCCGGCCGCCGAUCAUUGACGCCCUGCGCGCCGUGUAUGAGGAGGAGGUGCACCAUCCCCGCAACCACUGCCUCUCGUCGUACCAGCAGAGCCGGCGCAUGUCGACACCCGACGCGAUUGCGCUCCUUAGCCGCUCCAACCUGCGAGGUGGACACAUCUGA